AUGGUUUGGUAUACAAAUAAAAUAAUUAUUAUACCAACCGUUGUUGUAACAGUACUGGUAAUUCUGGCAAUUGUUUUACCAACAUCGAUUCUUUUACCAAAGAAAUCCGAUACGCAAACAUUAACUAUCAAUCAAAUACAUUUUGUUCAAACUCAUGUUUUACCACCCCAAGGUCUUAAUUGGACUACACCAAACGGUGGAAAUGUUUCAUACCAUCUCACCGGACAACGUCAGACUAUGAUCUUGAUCAAAUUUGACCAAGAUGUAGUUGGCGAGGAAAUUAAACUCCAAAUUUGGGUUCCAACUGUUCCAGGAAGUGUAGGAAACGAAACAGAGUUUGAAUUGGCCACGGUUCUGCCUCUUGAACAACCAGACAUGCUUCCACCCACCGAGUCAAACGGUACUAUCUACGCCAACAACACCUUCAGUGUACAAGUUUUACCACAAUACAUUGUACCUGGAAUGAAGGUUGUUGCUGGUGGUCAUGGUUUCGACUCAACCGAUCCAGUAUUCCCAGUUGUCGGAAUGAACUCUGUUAUGCGUCUUCCAUUGUUACCAUUCUAUUUGUUUGGUGCCAACGAUUCGUCUAUUCCAUAUAAUGUAACCACAAUGCCACCAGAAAGUAAAAUUAAAGCUAUCUACCAAACUUGGCCAGUUUCAGUUCUCGAUGUUUACAAUCAUCCAGCAGGUAUUGUAAAAUGGAAAACUGUUUCUCUUGGUGCUGGUGAUGGUGGACAAGCAUAUCUUGUCAAGGGUACCAACCAAAUUAGAUCUGGAUUUGUACUUAUGGGUGCUGUCUUGGGAUUCUUGUCUGGAUUCCAAGGUGCCAACGGAGACGGAGGUCAAACAAACAAUUUAAUUUAUGCACCACUCAUUGGUUUGAACACUAAUGGUUUUUACACUGGUCCAGGAGGUGGUUUGGGUGGAGGUUCGCGUGGAACUGGUGACUAUAGUUAUACAGGAAUAUUUAUCCAUGAGAUGGGUCAUGCUUGGGGUCUACCACAUAGUGGAGAAGCAUACACUGCAGGUACUUUCCCAUAUGCGCAAGGUAGUUUGAAUGGUUCAGUUUGGGGAUUCGAUUUCGAUCACCAAGAAUUCCUUUCCACUUGUAUUCCAACCAGUUCAGGUUCAUACAAAAAUUGUAAUUCAAGUCAUGUUGUUGCUAAUGGUUGUUGUAUUAGACAAGAUCCAAUGCAGGGUGGUUCAGGUGAUCAAUCGAAAGGUUAUCCAUACACCUUGUUCCCAGAUUUCGAUAUGGGUAGACAACAAAUGUAUAUGGAGGGAACUACUACACUCAAGGCCGACGGAAAUCACAGUUAUUCUGGUGGUCGUAUCAUCUAUGUCAAAGAUACCGAUUCAUAUAUUCGUUGGGACUCUAUCGAUAAUAAAUAUGUACCAUAUAUAGUCACCAAUGGAUCAAAAGGUAUGGAUAUGUACUCUGACUUGCCCGUAGUGAGAGAUGUCGAUGUCUACACCAUUUUCAUCCACUGGAACAACGCACCAACCUCUGUCUGUAAAGAAUGCACUCAAGUCUACGAUCCAUUGAAAUACAAAGGAAACUUGUUAUUCAGACUUGACCCAACCAUACCAGAAAAUCUUAAACUUAUCAAACCAAACACUGGUGCUCUUCCAUGGUUCUGUCACUCAAGUGGAUGUGAUUUCACAUUCAGAGUAACCUAUACCGACGGUUUUACCCUUACCAAAUUACUUCAAAGAGGUGUAAGAAGUUGGUUCUCACCAACUGGACAACCAAAUGCCGAAUAUGCUGACCCAAUGGACGGUAAUAGUUUGAUGUUGUUCUCAGAGAACGUUCCAGCUGACAGAGUACUUUCCAAGGUCGAGCUCCUUUGGACACCUUUUGGAGCAAAGGGUCUUAAUGACGGUAACUGA